GGGAGGAGGGAAAAGGGGGGGGGCCGUGGAAAGGGGAAAAGAAAAAUAUAUAUACCUGGGCGCCCCCACCCCACCCCAGCUUCCCUCCCCGCUCCCCGGCCGUCCCGCCUCCGCCCAGCGCAGCCCGCGGAGUCCCCUUGGGCUCUGCCCGUCUCGGGCUGGGGGUCCGGGGGCGGCGGCGGGUCCCGAACGGUUCCCGGGCCGGGCCGAGCCCAGCCAAGCCGCACUGGCUUCUUUGUCUACCGGCGGCGGCCGCCCCGGCCCCGGCCCCGGCCCCCGGCCCCCCGGCCCGGGCUGUGAGAUGAAUCUCUAAUCGGUGGCCGCCGGGCACCCAGGGCGAAGGCGGCUCGGGCUCGGGCUCCGGAUGUGCUAGGUGUUGGCUGGUCCCCGCCCACCCUGACAAGUGACCAUGGACCCAGGAGCUGGCCCAGAGUCAUCUCUCACCGUCAAUGAGCAGGUCAUCGUGAUGUCAGGCCAUGAGACCAUCCGCGUGCUGGAAGUUGGAGUGGACGCCCAGGUCCCUGCUGAGGAGGAGGACAAGGGACUGGAGGGUGUGGCCGCCGAGGGCUGCCAGAGUGGAGGUCCUGCUGAAGCCAGUGAACCUGCUGGCGAGGCUGGGCCAGACAACCCAGACUCUUCUGCUGAGGCAACUGUGAAGUCACUCCCGGGGAUCCCUUCGAGUCCUGCCCCGGCUGUCGCCACUUUCAGCCAACCCCCAAGCCAGCCUCAGGCAUCGCAGACCCUGACGCCACUGGCUGUACAAGCUGCCCCCCAGGUCUUGACUCAGGAAAACUUAGCCACAGUUCUGACAGGAGUUAUGGUUCCAGCAGGGGCAGUUACUCAACCUCUUCUUAUCCCCAUCAGUAUUGCAGGUCAAGUGGCUGGUCAGCAGGGGCUGGCCGUGUGGACAAUUCCUACAGCAACCGUGGCCGCCCUCCCAGGACUGACCGCCGCUUCUCCUACGGGGGGAGUUUUCAAGCCACCUUUAGCCAGUCUCCAAGCAGCGGCCGUGCUGAACACCGCUCUCCCGGCACCCGUACAAGCUGCCCCACCGGUACAGGCCUCCUCACCCGUCCAGCCCCGGCCACCAGCACAGUCCCAGACGCUGUUCCAGACCCCGCCGCCACCGCCGCCGUCGCUGCUGCAGAACACGCCCACCAUUCUACCGCAGCCCGCUGCUGCCACCGCUACCGCCCCCACCCCCAAGCCAGUGGACACCCCCCCACAGAUCACCCUACAGCCUGCCAGCUUCACUUUUAGCCCAGGAAUCAUCAGUGCUGCUUCCCUCGGGGGACAGCCCCAGAUCCUGGGCUCCCUCACGACAACUCCGGUCAUUGCCAACGCCAUUCCCAGCAUGCCAGGGAUCAGCAGUCAGAUCCUCACCAAUGCUCAGGGACAGGUCAUUGGAACACUUCCGUGGGUAGUGAACUCAGCUAGCGUGGCAGCGCCAGCACCAGCCCAAAGCCUGCAGGUCCAGGCUGUGACCCCCCAGCUGCUGUUAAACGCCCAGGGCCAGGUGAUUGCAACCCUGGCCAGCCACCCCCUGCCUCCGCCUGUGGCUGUCCGGAAGCCAAGCAUGCCUGAGUCCCCUGCUAAGAGUGAGGUGCAGCCCAUCCAGCCUACGCCAGCUGUGCCCCCGCCUACAGUGGUCAUCGCCAGCCCAGCCCCAGCGGCCAAACCAUCGGCCUCUGCUCCCAUCCCAAUUACCUGCUCAGAGACGCCCACUGUCAGCCAGUUGGUGUCCAAGCCACAUACCCCAAGUCUGGAUGAGGACGGGAUCAACUUAGAAGAGAUCCGGGAGUUUGCCAAGAACUUUAAGAUCCGGCGGCUAUCUCUGGGCCUCACACAGACCCAGGUGGGCCAGGCUCUGACUGCAACAGAAGGCCCGGCCUAUAGCCAGUCUGCCAUCUGCCGGUUCGAGAAGCUGGACAUCACACCUAAGAGUGCCCAGAAGCUGAAGCCGGUGCUGGAGAAGUGGCUGAACGAAGCCGAGCUCCGGAACCAGGAAGGCCAGCAGAACCUGAUGGAGUUUGUGGGAGGCGAGCCCUCCAAGAAACGCAAACGCCGCACCUCCUUCACCCCCCAGGCCAUCGUGGCUCUCAAUGCCUACUUCGAGAAGAAUCCACUACCCACUGGCCAGGAAAUCACCGAGAUUGCUAAGGAGCUCAAUUAUGACCGGGAGGUCGUGCGGGUCUGGUUCUGCAAUCGGCGCCAGACGCUCAAGAACACCAGCAAGCUGAACGUCUUUCAGAUCCCUUAGGGCUCGGCCCCGGCCCGGUGUUCCAGCACUUUGUACUUGUCCCUGGGCACCUGGCUGCAGCCACGGCUGCGACAGCACCGUCAUUCCGGUACAUGUGGCUGUGCUUGUCCUGGGUCUUGAGACUCCACCGUGUGCAUGCCCGCCAGCUGCCUCCCUCCUGUCCCCCACAUAUUGCACAUCGUGGGGAGGGCGGAGGGGCCCUCUGAGCGCGCCAGGCUCCGGGCUGGUCAUGCCCAGGGAGGGGAUUUGUGGUGUCACUUAAAGAAGCACUUUGCUAACGUGGUUUUUGAAGGGUGAAUUCUGGUUGGGAACCAGAAAACCCCCGCCGUUGGGGCAGGGCUGCAGCAGCCCCUAAAGACUGGCCAUUAGCUCUUGUUUCCGAUGGCUUCUCUGUCCACCCUCUCUUCUUUGCUCCUCUGUGUACGUGUGGCAGGUAUGGCAGCUCAUCCAGUAGAACCACAGCUUCACCCCUUUGCCUGCAGGCACACUACCCCCUGGAAGGACUCAAGAGACACAAUUCUGAAAAGUGUGAUGUGCUGCUCAGGUCAGACUCAGUGUCUGCCUUGACCUCAGAGUCAGGAGAUUCCACAGCCCUGGGGCCAGAAUAGGCCACCUCCUCUCCCCCACCCCGCCCCCCUCCUGGUUCCUCUGGAGGAAAAUUGCACUAAAGCAGAACCUUUUCUUUUGUAAUCCAUGUUGGAAGGAAACAUCAGCGAACUCUAGCUGUUGUGGAGUUGAUCCAGGCCUGUGGCAGGUCGGGAACUUAGUGAAUAAGGCCAUUCUUCCAGAUUUUAAUCUAAUCUCUGCCCAUGACCAUCUCCCCCCAAAGCAGUUGAGAGAACGUGCAGCCUGGAAAAUCCCCUUCCCAAGUAAGCAGGCACUUUGGAGAAAAGUGAGGAAAGAAGUGCUGACCCUCUCGUCCUCACAUUCUUCCCCAACCCAAGGCGGGUCUCAGAAGGGGCAAAUGGAACAAUAACCCAGACAGCCAGGCCUGGGAGAAGGCCGACAUCCAGCCCAGAAACGUCUCCUGUGGAAGGUGACUUAACUCCAAGUUUCUUUGUAGCUUUAAGCCUUGGAUACUGGAUGAGAAAUCUUAUUUUGUCCCGAGCCUUAGACCCGUGUUUGUGUAAGUCAUCUCCCCAGGACUCCACUGAACCAAGAAUAUCCCUGGAACAGGAUGGGGUUUGCCUCUAGAGAGGGUAACUGUGGCACAUUGGGGGUUGGCACCUCCUCCGAGCUCCUGAGUUUUCCAGCCUCGCCGUGGCUGGCCAACCCCUGGAACUCAGCCUGUGACUCCAGGAAGUCAAGAGAGAGCACUAAGAGGUUUGCUGAGAUGAGCCCAGCCUUGCUGUAUAGAGCAUCCCUAAAGGGCCACCAGUCACAGGGGUCAGCCACCUGCUCUCUUCACUACUCUUGUCCUUACAGAGCCAGGUCUCUAGCAGCUGCCUUCCACCGCACCUCACCGGAUACCCCUGAGGAAGGGACUGCCGGCAAGAACACACUGCAGCUCUGCUGGCCACAGGCAGCCCCCUCCUAGCCCAGCCUUCACCGGCAUGCUGUUUCCUUUCCUGCCACACCUGGUCCCUCCCAGGCCCUGCCGUGCCAGCGGGGCCACCCUCUGGUAGCCCUGCCAGUGGGAAGGCAGUCGUGUGACAAACUGCCACACACACACACACACAUUCCCGCCCCACCGCGUUGGGACCAGCAGACCUGCCGGAGUGAGGAAGCUGGUGGGCAGCCUGCCCGCCCCAGUUCCCCAAGAAAAAAUGUCUCCAAGGGGAGGCUCCACACUCAAGGUCAGGGUGACCCACCUGUCUCUCGGUGAGAAGAAGGGAGGAGUAUUGUGCACAAGUUUUCAGUACAAGUUAAAGUCCUGGCGUUGAAGGAUUCAGCGAUUUACACUUCAAUAAAUUAGAGCGGCAGUUUUCAACCUUUUUCAUCUCAUGGCACACAUAAAUGGAUUACUAUAAUUCUGCAGCACACCCAAAAGUAUAUUUUUUGCCAAUCUGACAAAAAAGUAGGUAUACUUUUGAUUCAGUCACACCGAUGGCUGUUGUGCUGUGUUGCCUGUUGUCGUUUUUGAAUUUGACAAUCUAAGGGAAGAGAGGUCAGGGCCCCUGACCAAACAGUCAGGUAGUGCCUGUUUGAAAUGUCUUGUGGCACACCGGCUGACAUCUCUGAAUUAGAGAGAGACAGGUUUUCACCCUCAAACACUCGCGUUCAGAUAUGCUUUCUUCCAGGUGGGUCAUGGUGGGUACCCUGGGAGUCGCACAUAAUCCAGGCUGUGUCCAUGGCAGUGGCUCUGCAGGACACCAUGUGUCUGGUGUCAGGGCAGGAAAAAGAUAAUGAGCUUCUGCUGGUCCAAAUUGGGCCUGGCCUUGCUUUCUCAGCUCCUCCCUCGUCUAAAUCCGUCUUCCAGAGGCUGAGGUAGAGCUGAACCGUUUUCUCCUCUGCAGGAAGAAUGGGUAGGUCUUUCUGAGGAGCUAUACCAGGGUCGGAAUAUUUGCAGGCUGAAUUCCCCAGGCAGGAGGGCGUGGGGUGUCCCUGAAAUAUGCCCAAAGCAGAGCUUACCAGCCUGCCAUCUCUCCUGCUUCCCCACUGUAGCGCCACCCCCC